AUGUUCUGGUUUGCCCUGCCGAGUCAGGCUGGAAAACGUGUUCAGUUUCCCCUGGAGAGUGCAGGGGUGAAAGAGACGGAUGCCCGACGCGGCGGGAGGUGCCGGCAGGCUGAGGGGGAGGGCAGGCGGCCCCCGAAAGUACUGCCGCGGGGCAGACACACGCGGUCGCCGGCGUGCCCCGGGCCAGGCGAAGGGAAAACCAGGCUCUCCCAGGGCAGAUGCCCUCCGUCUCCAGCCCCCGCGCCCCGCGCCCCGCGCCCCUCCCCUCCACGCAGCCUUGUCGCCCACCGGCCCACCCACGCCUCCUCCCGUAUCCCCUUCCCCACAGAUCCCCACUCCUUGCCCUGGCGCCCCCGCAGGCGCUCUGCACUCCGCCCCCUCCCCACUCCCGCACUCUGCCUCCUGCCCUGGGCACGAGCCUACUCGGAAAAGCAGGGGAAAGGCGUCACCGUGAGGACUGACUCAAGCAGAAGCAAAAGCUGUGACACCUCCGACCCGACCUAUGCGCAGGCGCGCACCCGCACUUCCUGGCCGCCACCCCGGCCUGGGCGCCCUUCGCUCCGCCCACACCGGGCAGUCAAUACAGCCGCCCGGAGUCUUUCUCCCAGCGGCCCCGGGCCCCGCGCGGACUGUGGCGCUCUGACGCCCCCGUGUGGCUUAAGGAGGGACAUGGCCCUGGGCUGGGCUGCUUGCCUGGGAACAACUUUCUCCUGUCCUUGGGAUAUCCUGGAAAACCCCUGACUACUGGAUCCCUAAAAACCGAAGUAGGAGGUUCUUCAGUCUUCCUACGGUUUAUCUCCCAACCUCUGGAGUGCAUGGGUCUUACCAAAGUUUCCAACAUGCUAGCCACCUCUUGC